CCAUGUUCUCCGAAAAAAAAAAAACCCCUCAUUUCUCUUUAUCUACGAAAUUAUCCCUGAUUGUCUGGUCUACUGGGAUAAGAAGAGUCCGAAGCCCGUCCAUUUUUAUUCUUCUCAACCCUUUCCUGCUCCAAUUCUUGGGUGAAGAAUCGGAGAGGGGCUCUAUUUGAGUAUUGUUUUGUUAUCCUGCUGGAGCAAUGGCUUUAAACCAAACCUUGAAAAUUGCUCUUACUGUCUCCUCCUUUGGGGCCCUCUCCUUCAUAUUUGGUGUAGUUGCAGAAAAUAAAAAGCCUCCAUAUGGAACCCCAAUUGUAGGAAAGGGUGUAGUCAUCUGCAAGUUUUCUAGUGAUCCAACAAUCGCGCUGGGAAGUUUUUCUGUUGUCAUGCUCUUUUUAGCAGUUAUCGUGGGUCAUGUAGCUGUCUAUUUUCCAUACAAAGGGAAGUCUGUUCCACAGCAGGCUUUGUUCCGCAGCACUCCAUUGGUUGUUUUCUUUGUUAUUGCAGAGAUCUUGUCUGCUCUAGCAAUGGGGAUGAUGAUGUGGGCAACCAUCACUGAAGGCCUUAACCGUGUACACAACAUUCACCAUGAUCUUAAAACACAGUGCCCCACUGCCAAGACUGGCCUCUUUGGUGGUGCUGCCUUCCUUUCCCUUGAUGCAGUCCUCAUGUGGCUUGUCUGCCAGAUGCUGACCCUCAAUGCCAGAGGUGAUUACCUGGAUGAGAAGGAUCCUAAAGGCGAAUAUGGACAAGUUUAUGCCACCGAUUACAAUGCUAAAGGGGCUGACCCUCCGCUUUCCAUGGCGUGAGAAAAAGUAUUUCAUAGGAGAACAAGCACUUGCACUGGGUAGCAACUCCUUUACCAUUUACAUCAGGACAGAGAUGAUAGUUCACAUAUGUAACUAUGUUAUAAUCCCUGUAUCAGUGUCACGACUAUUUUUAAGGUGGUACCUUGCUCCUAAGAUCCUGGUUUACAUUCCGAUUGUGCUGGAUUUACAUGUUUGCUGUACCAGUAGGAUUUAACAAGUUUGGAAGAUGACAACUCUCUCUUUCUAAGCGAGAAGUUUAGGUCGGUCUCAACAUAAUUCUCCAUCUUAGAGAUGUUCAGGUGCUUUUAUUACUUUAUCCAUGAAAUACUUUGUUCCA